AUGCAUCAAGGAAACCAAACGAGCAUCUCUGAAUUCCUCCUCCUGGGACUCUCCAACAAGCCUGAGCAGCAGAAGCUCCUCUUUGUGCUUUUCCUGGGUAUGUACUUGGUCACUGUGGUUGGGAAUGGGCUCAUCAUUCUGGCCAUCGGCUUGGAUUCUUACCUUCACACCCCCAUGUACCUCUUCCUUGCCAACCUAUCCUUUGCUGAUAUUUCUUCCAUUUCCACCUCGGUCCCCAAAAUGCUGAUGAAUAUUCAGACCAAGAGUCAGUCCAUCUCCUAUGAGAGCUGCAUUACACAGAUGUAUUUUUCUGUUGUUUUCGUUGUUAUUGACAAUUUCCUCUUGGGGGUCAUGGCCUACAACCGUUUUGCGGCUAUCUGCCACCCUCUGAACUACACAACCAUCAUGGAACCCAGGCUCUGCAUUUUACUCACAGUCAUCCCAUGGGUCCUCAGUAACCUUGUUGCCCUGACACACACCCUUCUGCUCCUUCGAUUGGUCUUCUGUGACAGCAAUGCUCUCCCACACUUCUUCUGCGACUUGUCCCCUCUGCUCAAGCUGUCCUUCUCGGACACAAUGAUCAAUGAGCUUGUGCUCUUUGUCUUGGGCUUAUCAGUCAUCACCUUCCCCUUUGCCCUCAUCCUCUUCUCCUAUGUCUGCAUCGUCAGGGCUGUCCUGAGACUCUCAUCCACAGAGGGAAUGUGGAAAGCCUUCUCCACCUGUGGCUCUCACCUGACAGUUGUAUUACUCUUCUAUGGGACCAUUGUAGGGGUUUACUUCUUCCCCUCAUCCACUGACCCCGACAACAGAGAUAAGAUUGGUGCAGUACUGUUCACUGUGGUGACACCCAUGAUGAACCCCUUCAUCUAUAGCCUGAGGAACAAGGACAUGAAAGGUGUUCUGGCAAAAUUCAUCCAUAGUAAAAAAUGGUUCUGCCUUUGAU